AUGGGGUUGUCUUCCUUACUUCAACAAAUUGAAAAGAGAGGUAAGUUACCAAGCAAGCCUCAACCUCAGCCAGCAAAGGAUGAGGUGAAGAAAUCAGAAUCGAAUGUGAGUCCCUUGAGAAGUAGUGGCAGUGACAGAUACGUCGAUCCAGUAGUUGCUCGAUUGAAAGAGAAACGGCGAUUAGAAAGAGAACAGGCUGAAGCAGCAAGGGCCAAGCAAAAUGGAAACAAGAGUACCAAAUCUAGUACGACCUCGAGACCAGCUGUUUACAAGACACCAUCUAACUCAGUCUCACGGCCAAAACAAAACGUAACAAAAGUUACUCAAUCAAAGUGGGACGACGAGCCGAAACCACCGCCAGCUAAGAAGAAAAUGAGUUUCAAUGAAUUAAUGAAGAAGGCAAAGCAGAUCGAUCACGACAAGUUGUCAAUCAAAUUUCCCCAGAAGAGUGCAUCACCAGAAACAGCAAUAUCAUCUAAGAUAGCUCCUAAAAAAAAUACAACUGUGAAUAGACAACCGGUUGCUACGAAAAACUCAUCAUACGGGCUACAGCACAAUCGACGACCUACAACAGAAAAGAAUGAAGUGCAAAGGAGAUCUGAUCCACCGGUACGAAAACGGUUGCCGAAGGUGCCAAUGCCCGCAAGACAGCCAAAUGCGAAAAUUCAAGAACGACUCAAACAGAGGCGAUCAAAAGCUGCCCAAGAUCGCGGGUAUGCUUACAAUGAAGACGAAGACGAUGAUUUGAGUGACUUUCUCGUUUCUGAUGAGGAGGAAGGUGUCGUUGAAGAUGGGUACAAUCGAGACGAAAUUUGGGCAAUGUUUAACAAGGGUAAGAAGCGCAAGUAUUACGAAUACAAUGAUUAUGAAGACGAUGACUAUGAUAUGGAAGCGACCGGUGCUGACGUUUUAGAAGAAGAAUUGAGGUCGAGAUUAGACGCAGAAAGAGAGGAUCGCAGAGAGAUGGAGCAAGAAAAACAACGGGCAUUGGAAAAACAAAAAAGAAAGAUGAGGCGAUGA